CAGCAUCCAGCACCUCACAGGCAAAUAGCCUACUAAUUCGGAGAUUUGAUAAAACCAUUGUAGAACCGAUUCAACUAUUAUUGACAAGGUGAGAUGAUAAGGAAUUUAUUUGGAGCCUUGACCUAGCCUAUAUAUUUGUUAUUGAUAAAAUGCCGACCACAAGGGUCAUCAAGCAAAAGCCUGUUAUUGAAACGAAAACAAGAGUCGUCGAAGUGAAAACGAAACCGGUUGAAACGAAACCAGGUUCGACAACUCAACACAAAGUCGCAGCUCCUCGCAAACCGCGGGCGUCGAGCUGUCCCAGAUGUAUCCAUAGCGACCGAUGCGAGACCAUGAAGACCCAGCAGCAGGUCAAGCUGUGCGCUCCCAGGUGCGAUAGGAGAGCGAGAUCAACCUCCACCGCUCCCAAAUCAACACUCUCCUCUUCGAAAUCAGCUGUGCUCUGUCAAAAACCAACAGCCACGUCUCCAAAAUCAACUGUAACUUCUUCAAAGUCUAAAGAAGCAUCUCAGGCGAGGCAAGAAGAGGAACGGACUUCGAGACCCAGGGCGCACUAUGCAAUUCAGAGUCACAAAGCUUUCACGGUCAUCCCUCCUAACCCCAAGAAAAGAAUAGAGAUCCAGCAAAAGGCGGAGGCAGAGCUGGCAGCUUUGGAAGAUCUGAGGCUGAGCAGAGCCACACCCUAUGUCUCCAUUGACCCCAGCAGUGUUGGUGGGAGUUUGAGUCUGGAGGAGGUGCGGCUAAAGCAGCAGCAGGAAAUGCAGACCAGAAGGAAGCAGAGACAGAUGAAGAAAUAUAUGUUUGAGACGUCACCCGUGGUGUUGGGAUGAAGACUGAGCCACAGAGAGACAGAAAGCUGAAGUUACCAUUCAAAUACAGACGCGUCAUCAUCAUGUGAAUGAUGCUUGUUGCCUGUAUGUCUAAGUCCAGCACUGGGAUCACACAUUGUCUAAGUCCAGCACUGGGAUCACACAUUGUCUAAGUCCAGCACUGGGAUCACACAUUGUCUAAGUCCAGCACUGGGAUCACACAUUGUCUAAGUCCAGCACUGGGAUCACACAUUGUCUAAGUCCAGCACUGGGAUCACACAUUGUCUAAGUCCAGCACUGGGAUCACACAUUGUCUAAGUCCAGCACUGGGAUCACACAUUGUCUAAGUCCAGCACUGGGAUCACACAUUGUCUAAGUCCAGCACUGGGAUCACACAUUGUCUAAGUCCAGCACUGGGAUCACACAUUGUCUAAGUCCAGCACAGGGAUCACACAUUGUCUAAGUCCAGCACAGGGAUCACACAUUGUCUAAGUCCAGCACAGGGAUCACACAUUGUCUAAGUCCAGCACUGGGAUCACACAUUGUCUAAGUCCAGCACUGGGAUCACACAUUGUCUAAGUCCAGCACUGGGAUCACACAUUGUCUAAGUCCGGCACUGGGAUCACACAUUGUCUAAGUCCGGCACUGGGAUCAAUGUCUACAAUGUUUCAGUGUCACACUGUAUUAUUUUAUAUUUUGUACCAAAUUGAAUUCAUGUUAGUUUCAUUUAGUAAAAAAAAACUAUUGUUAAGUGGGCUACAAAGGUUUUACUUCCUUCCCUCUGUUUAGUGAGUAUCACAAUGAACUGUGCAAAUGGCUGUUGUUCAUAUAAACAAAAUGGCUGCAGAA